CCCAUCCCCUCCCUCUUUUUUUGAUAAGGCACGAAAAUGAAUAAAUUAUAUGGUAUCAUUUGGAUUAUGGAAGAUUGAAUAAGUGUGCUUCAAACUGUUUACUUGAAAUGAUUUGUAGCUAUCGUCUCUAUCUGUGCAUGAGAGUGCAUUCGACUCAGCUUCCCUUACCAGAAACACGCGAUACCAUAAAGUGUUGUGUAUUCGUACACCCAAAUUCAGCCGGAAACUGAAGAACGGAUGGCUUGACCACAUUUUGCGAACGUUGGUUCAGUUAACUAACGGUCACAUUUAUGCUGCUCCCGGCUGGGCUUAGUUGAUCAUUUUGAGGAUCCUCCAAUUUCAAGAAUUUGAAGAUUAAACAUCAACAUGGGUGAGCUUUGUUAUGUUUUUAAAAAUGGUGUACUUGUGUUUAGUAGUUGGAAAAUAAAACAUCUGUUGUAUUUUGGCAUAGGCCUACAACAGGACAGUUCACAUUUUAGUCAUUUAGCAGACGCUCUUAUCCAGACUUUUUCAUACUGGCCCCCCGUGGGAAUCGAACCCACAACCCUGGCAUUGCAAGAGCCAUGCUCUACCAACUGAGCUACACCUCAGCUUGUGUUUGUCUUGUUGAGAUAGGAAGCUCUGAUUCUCGUUAUGGAAACAUUAUGAAGGUUGAAACUGCUAGUGCCUCAAAGGAGACAGCAGAUGCUGACGACAUGCUAGAGGUAUGUGGCCUAUGAAAUUAACAGAACCUACAUAAUCAAUACUAAUCCAUACAUCCAUCUCAUUCACAAAAAAAUACUGAAAACACAUUUACUUUACAACAGGUAAAGCAAAUGUCUGAUUUGUAGCUUCCUGCUGUGGGCUGGCCUAUAUUGUCCUUUUAAAACAAGGCAGCAGUUCAAAUUUGAGAUAAGAAUGUGUUUAGCCUAUGCCAUAGUCUACUAAAGAUGCACUGUUUAACUUUUGGAUAAUUUCAGCCAGUAGUUUUGAAAGUGGUGCUCACGAGUCAAAAGUGGUCCCUGUUUUAUUUGUACUACAUCAUCCAAUUGUGUACUGUCUUCCAUUUCGUGUGAAAUGUUACAAAUUUUGCUAUUUACAUAUCAUACGAAUUUUGCAAUUCGUGUGAUAUGCUACGGCUCCAAUUCGUGCAAUAUGUUACCAAAUUGGUUGUGCUUAAGAUCCUGGAGGGCAUCUUUAAAUCAUCACUUUGUUUUCAGUUUCGUUAUGAUAUCCUGUCCCGUGAUCAGGUCCUUUGAAACUACAAUAUGUAUCACACUACACCUGGCUGGACAUGGAAUUGGUUUAUGGAGCCAUAGCCUUUUGUAAAUAAGCUUGGGGUUGUUUCUAGACUGAACCAGGAUUUCUUGGAAAUCAGGCAACUCUGCCCCUUAAAGGGAUGUUGAACUCAAAAUACAACCUAAAACGAUAAAUAGCCUACAAACUUGGUUAAAAUAUUAAUCAGACCUUCCACUACAUAAAUAGAUAGUUAAUUAUAUUCUUACCUCAAGAGGAGUUAUGUGGCUGUCUUAGAAUUAAGUAAACAAUGCAUAGAAUACAACCCAAUAAAUACAAAUUCCCCCAAAAACAAUGCAUGGAAUGCGAGUAAAACCAAACUUGAUAAUGCGCCUUUUAAAGGCAAUUUCCUUGAUGGUCGUGGCAAUCACAUUCACAGUAAACACUGUUGAUAGACAAACUUUUAUGUCAGGGUGCGUUCCAUCAAGAGUUCAAACUUUCUGUACACUCGCUUGCAUGGUAGUGCGCCAAUCCCAACCCACCUUCCCCAUUGAAAUACAUUGAGUUGGCACUGUCAUUUUACCCUGCAUUGCUCAGUGUGAAGGGUUUUUUGCCCUAGCACUACACAGCUAAUCAAAGCUUGAUGUUUCAUUAUUUGAAUCAGCUGUAUUGCUAGGGCUCCCAGGACCAAGGGCUCUAUUCAAUCUGUAAUGCUGAAGCGCCAUAGAUUCCGCGAGAGAAAUUUAAAGAUAAUUUACGAUUGAGCCAUUUACUGUGAAUGCAGUCUCCACUAAAGCGGGACCAUUGCGUUUAGAUUUCUAUCAGGCUGGAAAGCUGAACUUCCGCAAUGCAGAUUGGAUAGAACCCCAAGCAAAGAUAUUAUUAUUCAGACCCCUUGACUUUUUCCACAUUUUGUUACGUUACAGCCUUAUUCUAAAAUUGAUUAAAUCGUUUUUUCCCUCAUCAAUCUACACACAAUACCCCAUAAUGACAAAGCAAAAACUGGUUUUAGACGUUUUUGCACACAAAAAAAAACGGUACAAAAAUGAAAUAUCACAUUUACAUAUGUAUUCAGACCCUUUACUCAGUAUUUUGCUGAAGCACCUUUGGCAGCGAUUACAGCCUCGAGUCUUCUUGGGUAUGACGCUACAAGCUUGGUACAACUGUAUUUGGGGAGUUUCUCCCAUUCUUCUCUGCAUAUCCUCUCAAGCUCUGUCAGGUUGGAUGGGGAGCGUCGCUGCACAGCUAUUUUCAGGUCUCUCCAGAGAUGUUUGAUCGGGUUCAAAUCUGGGCUCUGGCUGGGCCCCUCAAGGUCAUUCUGAGACUUGUCAUGAAGCCACUCCUGCGUUGUCUUGGCUGUGUGCUUAGGGUUGUUGUCCUGUUGGAAGGUGAACCUUUGACCAGUCUGAGGUCCUGAGCUCUCUGGAGAAAGCUUUUAUCAAGGAUCUCUCUGUACUUUGCUCCGUUCAUCUUUCCCUCGAUCCUGACUAGUCCCUAGUCCUUGCUGCUGAAAGAAUUCCCACAGCAUAAUGCUGCCAACAUCACGCCUUACCAUAGGAAUGGUGCCAGGUUUCCUCCAGACAUGACGCUCGGCAUUCAGGCCAAAGAGUUCAAUCUUGGUUUCAUCAGACCAGAGAAUCUUGUUUCUCAUGGUCUGAGUCAUUUAGGUGCCUUUUGGCAAACUCCAAGUGGGCUGUCAUGUGCCUUUUACUGAGGAGUGGCUUCCGUCUGGCAAUUCUACCAUAAAGGCCUGAUUGGUGGAGUGCUGCAGAGAUCGUUGCCCUUCUGGAAGGUUCUCCCAUCUCCACAGAGGAACUCUGGAGCUCUGUCAGAGUGACCAUCGGGUUCUUGGUCACCUCCCUGACCAAGGCCCUUCUCCCCCGAUGCUCAGUUUGGCCGGGCGGCCAGCUCUAGGAAGAGUCUUGGUGGUUCCAAACUUCUGCCAUUUAAGAAUGAUGAAGGCCACUGUGUUCUUGGGGACCUUCAAUGCUGCAGACAUCUGUGCCUCGACACAAUCCUGUCUCGGAGCUCUACGGACAAUUCCUUCGACUUCAUGGCUUGGUUUUUGUUCUGACAUGCACUGUCAACUGUGGGACCUUAUAUAGACAGGUGUGUGCCUUUCCAGAUCAUGUCAAAUUUACCACAGGUGGACUCCAAUCAAGUUGUAGAAACAUCUCAAGGAUGAUCAAUGGAACCAGGAUGCACCUGAGCUCAAUUUCAAGUCUCAUAGCAAACGGUCUGAAUACUUAUGUAAAUAAGGUAUUUCUGUUUUUAUAUUUAAUAUAUUUGCACAAAUGUCUAAAAACCUGUUUUCGCUUUGUCAUUAUGGGGUAUUGUGUGUAGAUUGAUGAGGAAAAUAAAUAAUGUAAUACAUUUUUGAAUAAGGCUGUAACGUAACAAAAUGUGGAAAAAGUCAAGGGGUCUGAAUACUUUCCGAAUGCACUGUAGUUCAUCUGUGUCAUUUACAGUGGGAGCAAAUGAAGCAUAGUGGGCAGAACAAGCAAGGAGGUGGGCAAAGCCAAGCAUGAGCCAAGCGAGAUCUUGUUGGCACAUUGUAGCAUGUGUUUGCAUAUUUCCGUUAGGGAACGCCUCCUCUGUGACUCGACCCUGCCUCUCAAUGCAAUUUGCUUGCAACUGGUAGGCCAGCCUUAAUCUCUCCAUAUCCGUUAUAAAAACAGUGUUGCCUACAGGAGGUCAGUUAUGCACGGACAGAGGCAACAACUAUCCGGGAAAAAGUAGAAGUGCAAGGAAUAAGUCAGGCAUAUUUGUCACAUUUGCAACAGCAGCACCUAGCUGAGCUUUAGUCUAUCAAUUUUGAGGAAUCUCCAGUUUCAAUAAUCAAAACUUCAACAUGGGUAAGCUUUUAUCUUGUGAAAACAGAGGGAAAAUGGUGCGAUUCGGUUCCAUCCAUUAACCACGUUCCCAUCCACAGUUUUUAUGAAAGUAAAGUCAUACUGUAUUUUUAAAAACAGUUGUGAUGGAAACAUGAAGGUCCGGUUAAAUUGUAUGAAUGCAGACAGAUCAUUUGUUCGUUUGACAUGGUGGGAUCUUUUUGGGUCGGUAAAAUUAAUAAUGCGAGAAAUGGUGGUGGAUUAAAUAAAUAUCAAAUGGAAGUAUACUUGGAGUCACUACGAGUCGGUUUAACCAUGCAGUUUAUUUGGCUACAGAUUAAAUAAAUUGUGAUGAACUUCACAGAACCAGUACCUGGGCUUGUGGAGACUACUGGUUCAAACUUCACAGGGUGGUAAAAGUGCACGGUGAUGAGCUUGAUGCUCCUUUUCAAUAAAUAUCAAGGGUCUUAUUCUAGUGACAUGAUGAUCAAUGCUUGACUGCCGUUUGACAAAUACAAAUAUUAUUGCUCUUAUCCAUAAUAAUCUCAUCAUGUAGCAUACGUGCACAGCCUAUCCGCAUUGUAUCUGCGAGAUGUUGGCUAGAGCGCACGAGCCAAAAAUAGUAGGCAGGCACAUUUGCUAUUUAACGCAACAGUUGUUGUGACAUUGAAAAUGUGAUGGAAAUAUUGAACCUUAGAUUUUUAUUAGGUACAUGAAAACUAAAUGUGCAAUAUGCAGAAAUCGCUCAGCCAUGUCCUGUUUGCAAAACUUCUAAUAGUUCGCCUAAUUUCAGUUUAUGUGACAAACAAGUAGUCAUUGUGUAGAGAAUCAUUGUACCAUCUAAAUCCUUUGAAAUAUAUUUUCCAUAACCAAAAAUAUUGUACUUUCAGCUGUUUGAUGCUUGUGUACAAAACCAAAAGUAAAAGAGGCAAAAACGAAACUUAAAAAUGGGAGGCAUAGAAAUAGUGCACAUAGAAUAUACAGCUUCUUAGACUUGCUUUCAAUGAGAAUGGCAGAUCUAUAACUCCCAUUUCUAUAUGAAUUUGGUUAGGCCGCCCAAAAGGAUACAUAUUGCAGGAACAAGUCCAUUUGCUGGAAACACACUACUGGUGGGAAAAUGUGCAUAUUAUGCGGAUUUUAGAAUAUUUGCAUGACAAUCUGUUGACAUUUGGAUGGAAACCUAGUUACAGUGCCAUGUUGUCUGUUGCACAUGGGUGUCCUGAGCCUACAACUCAGAAGUAUGAAUAAUAGUUAAAGGUAUUUCACAAAAACUGGUGCACCAGUUAAAAGAUCCUGUCAUAUAUUUAUAUUAUUAGAUUUGAAAUGUAUAUGUAGGGAAGAGUGGGGUAAAUGAAGCCAGCCUUGUUUCUAGGAAACCAUACACAAAAUGUAUAAUUUUACCAAAUCUUUUAGGAAAAGGUCAUCAUUUCAUGGAGUCUGUGAAGGAAGAAACCACAUGGAAAAAGUGGACACUUUUAAGAUAGUUCUAUACAUCUCUGUAAGCUUCAAAAUGAGGUCCUAAACCUAGCAUGAAAGUGUGUCCUUGUAGUUCUGUGGGCUAAUACAGUAAAAAUGUUUGCCUUGGGGUAAGUUGAGCCAAUUGAAAUGUUUUCUUCCCAGGCGUAAUGCAAGGCAUUAUCGCUGCUGUAUGAGGUAACAACAGGGCCUGUGUUAAAAGUGUAAAAUAAAAAGCACAUAGUGUUUGUUAGGUGUUAGGCCUUUGUUAAAAGGUGCUUAAAAUGAUUAAAAGACAAAAAAUCUAUUGUGAUUGUUUUGAAUUGUGUUUGGGAAGUAAAGAUGGUUUAAGAAGGUAGUGGUAAUAUUUAAUUCAGUACAGAAAUGUUUAGGGGCCAUACCUUACCCUGUCCCUCAGCUCAACUUACCCCAUACCCGGGGUAAGUUGUGCCAAGAGACCUCUUUUUUUGGACAAGCUAUGUUUUCAAAACUAUAAUGUUUACAUCAAUUCUGAUUAUUUUCAGGGACACACAAUAUCCUGAAAUAUAUGUAGAUAUCUUUAAUAGAAAUAAUACUAUAUUUCCCUUGACAGAGUUGUGGGGAUCUAUUUUCUUAUAACUAGAUGUGAUGCCUAGCUUAGAAAUAAUACAUUAAUGAUUAAACAUAAUAGGUUUGUGCUGUACUGAUAUAGAUUGUUUAAUAUAACAAGCUGUGAUUAAUGUGGGGAACUGUUAGGGUGUAGGAUGAGAUAAGACUUGUGUCUCACUUACACACACACUGCCUCUUUGUUAAACCGCUCAAGGACAUGUGUUCUGCUACAAAGAUGUCUGAGGUUGCUGACUCGAGACAAGUUGUGGAGAUAACAACUAAUGCCUGGCAACAGUGAAGCGCCAAGGGGCUGGGACCAGCCUGUGCGCCAACGAUAGGCUGAGUAAGUCUAAACCACGCUCAGUCUCUACUCUGAUAGGCCAGCAAGGAGCGGGAACUGUCUCUGUCAGAGUAUUUAAAGAAGAUCUUAUAACAAUGGCUCAGUUCUCUGACUGCCCUGCGUGGUUUUUCAGUGGGCCCGUAUAUACGAACAUCAUAUUUACCAAUUCAAGUGUUUGCAUUAAUUAAAAUACUAGUCUAUUUUAGAAGACGUGUAUUGACCUCUUUUUGUUCCUAUACCAGAUUUGAAUUGACGCAACUUAACAGAGUGAUGCUGAAUGUAAAAAAUGGCUUAAUUUACCCCACUCACCCCUACCAGAAAUCUAUAUAAAUGUGUUUUUGGAAUAUUACUGCUAGUUUACAACAGGGCUUGUACAAAUGUACGCUUCAGUUUGUCUUGUGUAGUCUGUGCACUCUAAUGUGAAUUGUCUUGAUUAUAGCCUAUGAUAUGAAGGUUGGUACUACUUGUACCUCAUACAGCUGUAAGUGGUCUCUGGCAAUUCUUACAAGUUAUAACAAAUAAUCAAUAUAAUAAGUUCUUAUAUAUACAUUCAUUUACAAACAGGAUCUCACGAAAUGGCAGAUGAACUGCAAUACAUGAACAAGUAUAAGUCCAUCAUAAAGCGGGUCGGGCAAAAGCAUGGAGUGGCGCCAUCCAUCAUAGCUGGUAUCAUCUCACGAGAGACCAGGGCUGGGACAGGAGCAGGACUGGUCAAUGGUUGGGGGGACAAUGGAAAUGGAUUUGGACUCAUGCAGGUAGGCACUCAGCUUUGCAGGUACAAUUUGUUAUACUGUUGUUGGCAGACAAGAGCGCUUGUUUCCUAUUUCACAAUACAAUGUAAGCAGUGUCCAUAGUUUUCUAUUGAAUAUUUUUUAUAGGUUGACAAAAACUGGCACAAGCCACGGGGGAGAUGGGACAGUGAGGAACAUCUCAGUCAAGCAACUGAGAUUCUCGUUGAUAUAAUCGGAUCGGUCCGGAGUAAAUUCCCUUCAUGGACCGCAGAGCAGCAGCUGAGAGGUAUAGCCUACCAAUUGACCCGCUCUUCUUGCCAAGAGUUUAAUAUGAAUAUUGCAGCUUUAAUAUUGCAGCUUCCAUCAAUGUAAUUGUCUGCAUCAUUUCCAAUCUCCCAUAUUUAUUUGGUAUAUAUACAGUGCCUUCGUAAAGUAUUCGGACACCUAGACUUUUUCCACAUCUUGUUACGUUACAGCCUUAUUCUAAAAUUGAUUUAAAUAAAUAAAAAUCCUCAGCAAUCUACACACAAUACCCCAUAAUGACAAAGCGAAAACACGUUUUUAGAAAUGUUUGCAAAUAUAUUAAAUAUAAAAAACAGAAAUACCUUAUUUACAUAAGUAUUCAGACCCUUUGUUAUGAGACUCGAAAUUGAGCUCAGGUGCAUCCUGUCUAUAUAAAGGCACACACCUGUCCAUAUAAGGUCCCACAGUUGACAGUCCAUGUCAGAGCAAAAACCAAGCCAUUAGGUCAAAGGAAUUGUCCGUAGAGCUCCAAGACAGGAAAUGUCUGCAGCAUUGAAGGUCCCCACGAACACAGUGGCCUCCAUCAUUCUUAAAUGGAAGAAGUUUGGAACCACCAAGACUCUUCCUAGAGCUGGCCGCCCGGCCAAACUGAGAAUUUGGGCGAGAAGGGCCUUCUUGGUCAGGGAGGUGACCAAGAACCCGAUGGUCACUCUGACAGAGCUCUAGAGUUCCUCUGUGGAAAUGGGAGAACCUUCCAGAAGGACAACCAUCUCUGCAGCACUCCACCAAUCAGGCCUUUAUGGUAGAGUGACCAGACGGAAGCAGUAAAAGGCACAUGACAGCCUGAUUGGAGGCACCUAAAGACUCUCAGACCAUGAGAAACAAGAUUCUCUGGUCUGAUGAAACCAAGAUUGAACUUUUUGGCCUGAAUGCCAAGUGUCAUGUCUGGAGGAAACCUGGCACCAUCCCUACGGUGAAGCAUGGUGCUGGCAGCAUCAUGCUGUGGGGAUGUUUUUCAGCGGCAGGGACUGGGAGACUAGUCAGGAUUGAGGCAAAGAUGAACAGAGCAAAGUACAGAGAGAUCCUUGAUGAAAACCUACUCAAGAGCGCUCAGGACCUCAGACUGGGGCAUGUCCUUGAGUGGCCCAGCCAGAGCCCUACUUGAACCCAAUCGAACAUCUCUGGAGAGACCUGAAAAUAGCUGUGCAGCAACGCUCCCUAUCCAACCUGACAGAGUUUGAGAGGAUCUGCAGAGAAGAAUGGGAGAAACUCCCCAAAUACAGGUGUGCCAAGCUUGUAGCGUCAUACCCAAGAAGACUCGAGGCUGUAAUCGCUGCCAAAGGUGCUUCAACAAAGUACUGAGUAAAGGAUCUGAAUACUUAUGUAAAUUGAUAUUUCCGUUUUUUACUUUGAAUAAAUUAGCAAAAUUUUCAAAAAACCUGUUUUUACUUAGUCAUUAUGGGUUAUUGUGUGUAGAUUGAGGGAAAAAAACAAUUUUAUCAAAUUUAGAAUAAGGCUGUAACCUAACAAAAUGUGGGAAAAUUCAAGGGGUCUGGAUACUUUCUGAAGGCACUGUGUGUGUGUGUGUGUGUGUGUGUGUGUGUGUGUGUGUGUGUGUGUGUGUGUGUGUGUGUGUAUACACAAAGUACCAGUCAAAAGUUUGGACACACCUACUCAUUAUUUUUACUAUUUUCUACAUUGUAGAAUAAUAGUGAAGACAUCAAAACUAUGAAAUAACACAUAUGGAAUCAUGUAGUAACCAAAAAAGUGUUAAACAAAUUAAAAUAUAUUUUAUAUUUGAGAUUCUUCAAAGUAGCCACCCUUUGCUUUAAUGAAAGCUUUGCACACUCUUGGCAUUCUCUCAACCAGCUUCAUGAGGUAGUCACCUGGAAUGCUUUUCCAACAAUCUUGAAGGAGUUCCUACAUAUGCUGAACACUUGUUGGUUGCUUUUCCUUCACUCCAACUCAUCCCAAACCAUCUUAAUUGGGUUGAGGUCGGGUGAUUGUGGAGGCCAGGUCAUCUGAUGCAGCACUCCAUCACUUUCCUUGGUCAAAUAGCCCUUACACAUCCUGGAGGUGUGUUUUGGAUCAUUGUCCUGUUGAAAAACAAAUGAUUAUCCCACUAAGCGCAAACCAGAUGGGAUGGCGUAUCGCUGCAGAAUGCUGUGGUAGCCAUGCUGGUUAAGUGUUCCUUGAAUUCUAAAUAAAUCACAGACAUUGUCACCAGUAAAGCACCCCCAAACCAUCACACCUCCUCCUCCAUGCUUCACGGUGGGAACCACACAUGCGGAGAUCAUCCGUUCACCUACUCUGCGUCUCACAAAGACACGGCGGUUGGAACCAAAAAUCUCAAAUUUGGACUCAUCAGACCAAAGGACAUAUUUCCACCUGUCUAAUGUCCAUUGCUCUUGUUUCUUGGCCCAAACAAGUCUCUUCUUCUUAUUGGUGUCCUUUAGUGGUUUCUUUGCAGCAAUUCGACCAUGAAGGCCUGAUUCACGCAAUGUCCUCUGAACAGUUGAUGUUGAGAUGUGUCUGUUACUUGAACUCUGUGAAGCAUUUAUUUGGGCUGCAAUCUGAGGUGCAGUUAAUUGCCGAUUUCUGAGGCAGCAGAGGUAACUCUAGGUCUUCCUUUCCUGUGGCGGUCCUCAUGAGAGCCAGUUUCAUCAUAGUGCUUGAUGGUUCAAAGUUCUUGAAAUUUUCCGGAUUGACUGACCUUCAUGUCUGUCAUUUCUCUUUGCUUAUUUGAGCUGUUCUUGCCAUAAUAUGGACUUGGUCUUUUACCAAAUAGGGCUAUCUUCUGUAUACCAACCCUACCUUGUCACAACACAACUGAUUGUCUCAAAUGCAUUAAGAAGGAAAGAAAUUCCACAAAUUAACUUUUAAGAAGGCACACCUGUUAAUUGAAAUGCAUUCCAGGUGACUACCUCAUUAAGCUUGUUGAGAGAAUGCAUAGAGUGUGCAAAGCUGUCAUCAAGGCAAAGGGUGGCUAUUUGAAAAAUCUCAAAUAUAUUUUGAUUUGUUUAACACUACAUGAUUCCAUAUGUUUUAUUUCAUAGUUUUGAUGUCUUCAUUAUUAUUCUACAAUGUAGAAAAUAGUACAAAUAAAGAAAGACCCUUGAAUGAGUAGGUGUGUCCAAACGUUUGACUGGUACUGUGUGUGUGUAUAUAUAUAUAUAUAUAUAUAUAUAUAUAUAUCCUUUUUAAAUAUAUAAAUUUUCCCCUAACCCUACCACCCCUCCCCUAAUUGGAGUAAACUAAUGGAAAACAACACUAAAGCUUCUACUUCCAGCUUAUACACACUAUAUAGAUUUUACGGACGCAAUGUAUUUUACAAUAGUUCUCUUUUGUUUGUUUUUAAUCCCGUCCUUCAGCUACCCUCAACCCCUCCCAUCUAUCUCUGAAGACCAUCCAGUUUUGAUUUCUAUUUGCCAUAUUUUUCAACUGUGCUGUGAUGUUUCACAAAAGUUCUGAAACUUUCUAUUCUCAUAGUGUCUACAGAUUGCAAACCAAAGAUAAACACCUUUGCUAAAAGUAUUAUUAUAUUAUUGAUUGAUUGACUAUGAUUUUUCAAAUCACCCAGUAGUGCUAUCUGCAGAGUUAGUUCCAGGUAAAUGUUGCAAUUCUUCAACCAUUAUUGGACCUGCGACCAAAAACAAAUAUAUGGACAGUACCAAAACAAAUGAUCUAAUGAUUCUGUCUCUUCGCUGCAAAAUCUGCAGAGCUGGGAUGGUUGUAUCCCCCAUAUAUUUAACAUUCUAUUGGUUGCAAGAAUUUUGUAUAAUAAUUUAAAUGGGAAAACUCUACGUUUUAAAUCCGGCGUUGUUUUGUGAAUCAGUUCAUAAACCAUGUGCCAUGGAAUCGGUACAUCAAAAAUCUCUUCCGAACUAUUUUGCAAUCUAUAUGGCACAGCUGUCAAUUUUUGGGUCCUUAAAUGAAACUGCCAAGAGUUUGAUGGAGAUGAUCAGUCAUACAUUUAAUACAAACUUUAUUAUGCAUUAUACAACUACAUAGAUUACAUGGCUACACUACAACCUGUUGUGUUUGUUUUUUCAGGAGGAUUAGCGGCCUACAAUAGGGGUCUGGAUAAUGUCCACUCAUACAGCAGAGUGGAUGAGAACACCACUGGGGGGGACUACUCCAGGGAUGUUCUUGCCAGAGCUACAUUUUACAGAAGCAAUGGUUAUUAAAGUCAACUCAGUGGUUGCCUAGCAGUCUGAUUCAGACCAUUGUGAAGAAAAUGACAUAUCCUUUACUACCUUAUCGAAACUUAGGCUGAUGUUUAAUUGUUAAUUAAUUAUGAUUCAUUAAUCCAGUAUUUACUCAUCCUUGCCCUUGGGUGCACAUUUUUGUUUUUGGCCUAGCACUAACACCCUUGAGUCAACUCAUCAUCAAACCUUUAGUUGGGAAGCACAGAUUUAUAACAUUCUAGUUCAUAUGAUUUUCCAAUCCCAAUGUAAUAAGAAAUGUUUCUGACCUAUUUGUGCUCCCUGCGAUUGUCUUGCACCAUCACUAUGUAUUGAAAUAACAUGACUAGCUACAACCUUAAAAAUAAAACGUAUGAUUACAGUC